CUUUUGAAAAUUUUUCGACUGCGCGAGGUUGGAUUUUGAAAAAAAAAGUGGGAAAGUAUGGUGCUAGUUUUGUACGGGGAACCACGGCUGAAGUGCGCGUUGUUUUUGGUUUUGCUGAAGUUUUACGGAGGAUUUGUUGUGAAAUGUGUCAGUUGAACGAUUGGCAGAGCUGUAUUAUUCGCACGGUAAAACGGAACCCCUGUCGGCGGCCAUCAUAUACGACAGGGUGGCCUGGGAGGCAGGUCCGGAGGCGGUCCAGGGCAACAGCAUCCCUGCCACCCCCGCCAUGGAGACCAGCUAUGUCCCGAACAACCCUCAGUUUGGGCUACAGCUGGAGUGCAACUGGAUACCCAGCCCUUCAGUUGUGCAGCAACAGCAGCAGAUCGGAUCCUCCUGUGCAGAAGAUUUUGCUCCUUGGCCGUCAGGAGGAGCUGUAGAUAGUGAUAUGGCCUCGUUCUCAUUGCCAUUGGACCUAGAUCCUUUGCCGAGUCUAUUUCCCUUCUCACCUGCAGCUUACAAGACAGAACCCUGUGGUGGACCUCCAAGCCCAUCACCAUCUUCAAACUUCCUAUUCAGAGAUGGCGGCAAACAACACAACCAAAUCCAACCAUGUGGAGGAGGAGACGUUGCAGACGUACUACUUUCGCUCAAACAUGCUGUCGUCCAUCCCCACCAAGAUCAGCAGGCCCUUUACCAUCACCCUCAAGUUCUACUAUCUCCAAACAGUGGGGCUUACCCACCAGCAUCUACCAGUUUCUGUGAUUCCUUCAACGCUUCGCAGCAGACUUCUCCAGCUUCCCUCUUCCCCAGCAUGUCAGUUAACGUGUCCAUGAACAUGACUAUGCAUCCCCCUGGGUACCACGCAUCUUCAGGGCCAGCUGUAUCUGGUUAUCAGACGAUUGCUGAGUGUCCACAGGUUCAGUGGAGUGCCUGCAGCCCCCACCAAAUCACACCGUCCCCAAACAGCCACCAAGGGCUUCUGAGCCCAAGUUAUGGAGGAGCGACGUAUUCCUUCACGGCAGACUUCAGACCGACCUCAAAUCAAGAUAUUUACAGAUCUCAUCCUCACGUACAGAUGGCGUUUCCUUCGAGCAGAAACGGUAGGAAAUCCACGUCCGCAUUGACCCUAAUCGAUGACGAUUGUCACAAACCGAACGUUUGUCGUAUAUGCGGCAAGAGUUAUGCGAGACCCAGUACUCUGAAGACGCACCUGCGUACGCACUCUGGCGAGAAACCUUACAGGUGUUUGGAUUGCAGCAAGUCGUUUUCGCAGGCGGCCAAUUUGACAGCACACGUGCGCACCCAUUCUGGGGAAAAACCAUUCCGGUGUCCAGUGUGCGACCGACGGUUCUCUCAGUCCUCAUCAGUGACAACGCACAUGCGCACUCAUUCUGGAGAACGACCAUACCGUUGCAGACUCUGCAAAAAAGCUUUUUCGGACAGUAGCACACUAACGAAGCAUCUAAGAAUUCAUUCCGGGGAAAAACCAUACGAGUGUAAACUUUGUCUGCUAAGGUUCAGUCAGAGCGGCAAUUUGAAUCGUCAUAUGCGUGUCCACGGUGCUGCAGCGGCCAUGUUGACAUCGUGACCUGCAUUUUGGACAGCCCUACGGCCAAAUUGGCAACUGUAAUGUGAAAUCCCAAGGUCCAUUUCAUUUCGCGAAUGCUUAUGUGUCUCGAAACCCCAAUAACAGGCGUUUCUCACAAAAUACAGAGCAUUUCAUACAACGAAAUUUUUCUCGAUUGGGACAGUUCAUAACAUAAUCGACUUAACGAUUGCCGACAAUAAGAGAUCUACGCGUCUGAUGGUACGAUAGACUAAGGUUCUCAUUGAAUAUAAACAACGAUACAUCGCCAAGUAACCAAAGAAAAUACCCUGAAGAAUUAAACAGUUGGAAAUUCGUCUACACACUAGUCAUUUUGUACAUAAAUAUCCUGUGAACGUACUGAAAA